AUGUCCCAGCCAAGCCCGAACCCGCCGACGCCCCCCCUCCUCCUGACCAAACGCCUCAACGCCUUUCUCCACGCCAACCAGAGCCCGCAGCUGCCGACUCUGCUGCUCACCACCUCGCACGGAAAGCUCCUUGCCCACGUGAGCCCCCACGCCGUCGCCCUGCUGCGCACCCACGCCACCGUCGCCGCCUCCCUCCUCGCCAUUCACGCCUCGUCCUCGGUCGACGUCCCCUCGGCCCUCCCCGGCGCUUGCACCCCGGACCCAAUCGCCAGCUCCCCCAUCGCCGAUACGGAUGAUGACAGCGAGGAGAGCGCAGACGACGACGACGACGACGACGAGGAGGAGGAGCAGCAUCACCUCGGUCCUGACGAGCACGGGCGUGACGAUAUCGACGGCCGCGCGCAGGCGAGGCGCAGGGGCGCUGUCAAACCCGUCAAGCCCGCCGCCGUCACGUUGCAGCUCAGCGGCGGCACUAUCGUCAUUCGACGCCUCAAGUGCGGCCUCCUCUUUGUCACCAUUGGUCCUUCGGCGCAGGACUAUCAGCCAGAGCAGCACGCCCACCACCACCACCAUCACGAAAACGGCGAUCCCGGCGGCAGCCCCAGCGAGGUCGAAAGUAUGACCAGCGCCGGCGGCCAAACGAUGAGCAGCCUCGACAGCGCCGGCGCCGCCUCCGUCGUGGCCAUGAGGAGACACGCGGGCGAGCUUGCGCGCUGGCUAGACGACAAGCUAGGGACGCUCCGGGUCCCCGAAGAAGACGGCUCCAUGGUCUCGGACUGA